UCAUCAAAAACAGACGGGGGCGUAUAAAUACGCAACUCCCACACAACGCUCCACUUCACGUUACUCAGCGGCAGACCUUAGUAGUGACUCUUGGAAAAGCCGAUCAAGUCCCUGCACCACUCAACAUGCCUCCUUACACCAUCACCUACUUUGCCGUGCGAGGGCGAUGCGGGGCCAUGAGGCUCAUGCUGUCAGACCAGGGGCAGGAGUGGAAGGAAGUGACGGUGCCCUUUGAGGAGUGGACGAAGGGAGACCUGAAGGCCACUUGUGUUUUUGGCCAGCUGCCAAAGGUCCAAGAUGGAGACCUGGUGUUGGUCCAGUCCAAUGCCAUACUGAGACACUUGGGCCGUAACCAUGAUGCGUAUGGUAGUAACAACAAAGAAGCUUCCCAAAUUGACAUGAUGAAUGAUGGUGUAGAAGACCUCCGUCUUAAAUACGGCAAGCUUAUCUACCAGGAAUACGAUACCGGAAAGGAUCAGUACAUCAAGGACCUCUCUGGUCAUCUUUCAAAGUUUGAAGCUGUUUUGGCCAAAAACAAGUCUGGCUUCUUGGUUGGAAGCAAGGUGUCUUUUGCAGACUACAGUUUGCUUGAAGUUCUGCUCAACCAUCAGGUGUUGUGCCCCACCUGUUUGGACGCGCUCCCAGCCUUGAAGGCGUUUGUAGCGAUGAUGUCAGCCCGUCCAAAACUCAAGGCUUUCCUAGACUCUGAUGACUUCAAGAAACUGCCCAUCAAUGGCAAUGGGAAACAGUAGUACUGUAGGUCUACUGAUGACCGGGGUACUAACCCUACCCAUCCUCACAUUGGCACUUAGUGGACUUGUUUUUUUUGGGUCCUCUUUUUGUAGAGAAUUGCUAACCGUUGUUUGAUAACUCUUUGUACACUUGCAAUACAAUGUACUUACUAUUGUGAAUUAAUAAACAAGCUAAAUGUGAAUUGAAAAAGAA